AUGAAUCCAUUCCAUGCCAUCUCCCCUGCCAUGCAAGGAGGACACCCCCACACCAAAACCCUCUUGGCUCGCAAGGAUAUAUGGAUGCUGAUUUUGGAGACCCUCAGGCUCCCAGACCUACUCACAGUAGCUCGAACGUGUCGUACCAUGUGCUUUCACGCACUGUCUUUCCUCGCCGCCUGCGAAAUGACAAACUGUCUGAUGACCGGCUCUUGUUCUCGCGCGAUGUUGACAGGUGACACUGCCCAUCCAUGCCGAGACCUGAAUCUCGUCUGUGCGCAAGAUGGCUUCGAGAUCAUGCACACCUUCCUCGUGGAAUCUUUCCAAUUUGUGCAAAUCUCUGACCAACGGCAUCCAGCCCUGCGGUAUGCCGUUGGCGAAUGCCGUCAAUAUGCUAAGGGAGAGAGUCUCAUCACCAUGUCCACGCCUAAGCCAGGCAUGCAUGUUUUACACGUCAUCCUCAGUGCUCCUUCCACAGCAGAUAUGGUAUUCAUGAAUGGAGGGGGACUUGCAUGCUUUUACUCUCGAUGGUGCAAAGAAGGACUCUCUGUUGUGACGCACACAGGACGUCAAUCACUGUGGAGCAGGCAGAUAGGCUGUGCCGGCAAUUCCAACCAUGGUCUGCGACUUCACCAAGACACCGAUUUUCUCCGUCGACCAUGUGGCAAGCUGUGUCCCACCCUCUGGCACCAUGUUGAGUCCAGUCCUCACCUUCUUGCUCUAGAUUGGUCGCCACAUUCUUCCAUCAAAAAUGUAUCAAACGACGCGGACGUCGAAUGGCGCUUAAACUCGUAUUGCCUCAAUUCAGCGUGCCCGCAUAACCUCACAGUCAUGGCUGCGAAUUACGAGUGUGCCGGAUCCCAAACAGAUUUAGACGUCAGACACGUUUCAACUCAACUAGCAUGCCGCCAGCCUACCUACCUUCACGUCUUUCAAGGUAUUUUUUAUGGCGCGAGAAGCACCCAACCAUUUCUCGUUCCUGUACCGGUGCGAGACGGUGCGCCGACCUGCCCCAGUCUUGAUGAUUUAGAUGUCAACUAUUGGGUGAAGCAGUAUAGUCUUGGCGUGUAUACGACCGCACGCAGAUGCCUGCAAUGUACCUUUGAUCAUGUGCCACACAUACCUGGUGUGUUAGACGGACUCUACACACUUUUCUUCGAACGACCAGCGGCUGCUACGCAAAGGAACCGUUUGAUCAGGAAGAUGGCGAGGCUGAAUGGCUGCACGGAAGUCAUCAAAGGCAGUCUCUUGGUGAUGAAAGAGGGACCUCGUGGCCUCAUGGAUUUGAUGCAUAAUGACAUCGAUCAUGCCAACCUUCUCAUCAACAGCCUCUUGUACUACUCAUGCCUCCCCAGAGCUACCACACCAUGA